GCCUUUGUCGCUCCGCCGGAGUGAAGCGACAGGUCGAAAUAUUUCUAGGCAGGAAUGAGACUCCGCCCACCGCCGAGCUCACGAUGACGGAGUGGUGGAUUCACGUGGCUUUGAUCUGCGUCCCCCUGGUGGCCGUUUACCUGCACAUCCCGCCCCCACAGCUCUCACCUGCGCUGCAGAAGUGGCACGCGACCGGGGACGUGUUCCAUUUCAGAGGCAAGCGGAUCUUUUACAGAGACUCCUUCGGUGCUCUGGGAAGCUCUGAUGUGGUGGUUCUGCUGCACGGUUUCCCCACCUCCAGCUACGACUGGAACAAGAUCUGGGAGCCACUGACGCAGCGCUUCCAUCGGGUCAUUGCUCUGGACUUUCUUGGUUUUGGUUUCAGCGACAAGCCUCGACCGCACGCAUACUCCAUCUUCGAGCAGGCCAGUGUGGUGGAAGCUCUGGUCAACCAUUUAGGUCUGAACAACCAGCGACUCAAUCUGCUGUCCCACGACUACGGCGACACCGUGGCUCUGGAGCUGCUCUACAGGAGCGACCAGAACCGGACGGGUCACCUGACCUUUAACAGCCUGUGUCUGUCUAACGGAGGAUUGUUCCCAGAAACUCAUCACCCUCGCCUGCUGCAGAUGCUUCUCAAAGACUCCACUGUUCUGGCUCCAGUUUUGACGCGUCUCACCAACUACCUGAUCUUCACCAGAGGGCUCGGGGAAGUGUUUGGUCCGUACACUCAGCCCACAGACGCAGAGUUCUGGGACAUGUGGACUGGUUUACGUUACAAUGACGGCAACCUGGUUCUGGACAGUAUUCUGCAGUACAUCAACCAGCGGCUGAAGCACAGAGAGCGGUGGGUGGGCGCGCUCACCUCCACCUCCAUCCCUCUGCACAUGAUCUAUGGACCCAUGGACCCAGUCAACCCUCACCCCCAGUUCAUCAGUCUGUACCAGCAGCUGGUUCAGAGGUCGACAUUCACUGUUUUGGACGAACACAUCAGUCAUUACCCUCAGUUGGAAGAUCCCACCGGCUUCCUCAAAGCCUACUUCAACUUUAUUCACUCCUUCUGAAGCGCCAACAUCAGUGUCAUGCUCAGUGAUGCUCAAAUAAGAACACACUGACUAGACUCUACCGGCAGCGGGGGAAUGUCGCCGAUGGUUGAUUAUUGGUUUUGCCGCAGAGUUUGAGCUGCCUGAAAGUUAAAG